CAAGAUUAUCCAAAGGUGUCAAUCAGACUUUUUAAAGAUGUUCCCUUGGUCAGCAGUGUUCUCCCUGGAACCCAAGGUCCCCGGACAGCGAACAGCAGAGGAGCUGGUGACCAACACGCUGAUGCUAGAGCUGGGGGCCAUGGUGAAGCGCACUGAGCGCAUCCGCCUGGAGAGGGCGACAGAGGGCCGGCGCCGCCGGAGCUCAUCCUCUGCAGACUACAGCUGGCUGGCGGCCCCGCCUGCCAUCCAGCCCUAUGAGCUGACCCCCCGCGACCUGCUGGAGCUGCAGGACCUGUGUGCCAAGGUCCCCCCGCCGGAGUGUGGCCCUGUUAUCGCCAGGUUCAGAAAGCUGGUGACUGAGAUGGAGCCGGACGUCCAUGAGGUUCCGCGCCUCUUCCGGACAGUUCUGCUGGACACUGUGGAGGGGACAGACACAGAUGAGAACCUGAGGCUGCAGGCAGCACGCUUCGACAAGCAGCGCAGCAAGAGCCUCUCUUUCGUCUCCUUCCGCUCCAAGUUCCGCACCAUCCCUUUCAGGGGCGGGGCCCUGGGCGGUUCCCGUGGAAACCUCCAGGAGGAGGCCUCUUGGUACGAGGAAGACGAGGUGGAUGAGGAAGAAGAGGUCAAUGCAGCGAGGGGAGCCAAGAGGGGCAGGAGUCGGAGCAUGCCUGACAUCACACCCAUAGAACAGAGUGCACAAGGCUGA